UACAAACAAGUACGAUAAUGGCAAAGCUUUCUCUGUUGGCAGUGUGCAUGGUUUGUGUUCUAGCUUUGGCCUCUGCUCAGAGUGCUACCAAUGUAAGAGCUACUUAUCACUUAUACCAACCAGAGCAGCAUAACUGGGACUUACUCGCAGUGAGUGCAUAUUGUGCAACUUGGGAUGCUGACAAGCCCUUGUCAUGGCGCAGCAAAUAUGGUUGGACAGCCUUCUGUGGACCUUCUGGGCCUCAGGGCCAGCAAGCUUGUGGCAAGUGCUUGAAGGUCACAAACACUCGAACAAACACUCAGGAAACAGUGAGAAUUGUUGAUCAGUGCAGCAACGGGGGCCUUGACUUGGAUAUCGGUGUGUUCCAAAAGCUGGACACGGACGGGAAUGGGAAUGCUCAAGGCCAUCUUACCGUUAACUAUGACUUUGUUGACUGCGGUGACUAAAUUACUUGUCUUGUAUGUAAGGGUUAGCUAGCAGGAUUCAUAGCUAGCGCCGCUGGUUAUAUAAUAAGAGAAAUAAAACAAAGCACCAUAUAAAAUGCUUUAUUGCUGAAUAAUAAUAAAGUAAUGCCAGUUAGUUAUUCUGGAUUCGAAGGG